UCCUGUCCAAUGUUGUAUUUUGGCCCCUUAAUUCUUCCUUUUUUUCCAUAUCGCUCUCACCAUUUUCACAUUUUCUUUUCUUCUUUUCCCUUUCUGCUUCCUCUCGUCUCUCCACGGAAGCACAGCGGAAGCUUUCUUUCCUGGGCUUCACCGCCGAGCUUUCCCAUCGACUAGAAGGCCAAUUUUGAGAUGAAGGAGGGCAGUUUUGCUGAAGAGCUUUACUCAGAAAGUUUAAAGCUAUCGAACGUGGCAUUGGAUUCAACAUCAAGUGCCCAAAAUAAGGUUCUGGAUUUUCAAGAUUCUGAAAGGGAUUAUUCCUUGUAUGAAGAUGAUUCUUUUUACCAUGAAUUGGAAAAAUCAUCUGAUCUGGACAGGGAGUGGCAGCGAAGGCGUGAACAAUUCCACACGAUUGGAUAUCGUGAUGGUGUAAUAGCGGGAAAAGAAGCUGCUGCCCAAGAAGGAUUUAAUAUUGGUUUUAAGCAAUCAGUCUCUGUUGGAUACAAAUGGGGGAUUGUUAGAGGUGUUACCAGUGCACUGGCCUUACUUCCAGACGGUUUGAAGGAAAAACUGAUAGAAACGGAAGAAAAGAGAACUGAGUUUCAGAAAUUGUAUGAAUCUGCGCAUUCUCUUUCAACAACUGAUGCUCUCAAGCGGUUUAAUGAUUCUAUUGUGGCUAAAAGAAUUAGAGAACAGGGUGAAAAUGUUGAGGCUAGUUCCGAUGAAGGACAUCUCAACCAGCAACGAUCAGAUUCAGACCGAAAACAACUAGAUAGUUACUAUGAAGAGCUUCAAUCCCUUCUUCUUGAAUCUCCUCGAAUGAAAAUAGAGUUGUCAUAGGGGAAUAGAGCUCUAUGCUAUGCUGUGACGUCAGUAAUUUAGUAUGUGGUACUAAAAUUAGGAAUGAAACAUGGUAAAGAUGAUUUUUUUUGACAGUUGAAGUUGCUAUUGUUAUAAACAGCUAUUCUGUCAAAAGAAAUGUAAUUUAUUGUUUCAUUGUCCCUCAUUA